AGCUUGAAUUUUUCCUCUUCCUGAAACGUUUAAGUGAAACGUGAAGUAAUACAUAGGUUAUGCAAAACAUGUGAGAUGGCCAAUACAAUAUUGAAGUAGGAAAAUUAAAGUUUAAAAUGCACCAAAUUAUUUGUAAUGGCUGAAAAACAACUUCAAAAAAGAGGAGUCUUUAAAGUUGUAUUUUGACGGCAGUAGAAAGACUGCUUGGAUUGAGAAGUCGCUUCAAAGCGAUGGAACGAAAAUGUUCAUAUCUGAUACGAUGCUAAAUGCAUUUGUAAAUAACAACUACAAGAUAAAUGGUGGAGUUCAUCUUAAACCGGAUGUUACCUCCCAAACUAUUUCAAAAUGUGUAACGGAAAAAAGAAUUUGUGAAUUUUGUGACAAACAUUUAUAUGGACUUAAAACCGCCGCCUAUGAGCAAUCUGAAAAUAGAGAGAAAAAAAGCAUUGCUCAUUGCGACAUUUAUUAUAAUGGAGAUAAAAAAGGAGGCAGUGGAGAUAAAAAGUCUGCCUUUCAUGGCGAGACUAUAAAAAUGUUUUGAAUAUUCUGCAACCAAUACUAUGAUGGACCAAAAAAAGCGGAAUAUGCUAGAGAACCAGCUGAAUUGAAUAACCCUAAGAUGGCAUCGUUGAGUGAAAACUUGACUCCUGACAACGGCAGAGCCAAAACUGUCCUUGAUGAGAUGCCAUUUGAAAAUGGACGCAAAUCCCCAUCCAUCAAUGCUGAUUUAAUGAAUGAGGAAUCGGGCUCUGAAGGAGCUGACCCUUCGCUUGAAAGUAAUGAGGAAGAAAAAAUGAUUUUAAAUGGACAGAUCUGUCAAAGAGAUGACAGCACGGAAAGUGCUUCGGAUGAAAUGGCGAGUGUUGCAGUAGAGGGUGAUAAAGCAAAAAUUAGACUUAGUGGAGAUCUUCCAUUUAAAGAGAGCAGAAAAAUAAAGAUUGUGACAAACGGAGUACUGUUUGAAAGUGCUCACAAGACCUACAAGGCUGUGGUUUCUGAAGUUCCACACAAAAUAGAUGAGGAAAAUAAAGUUACUCCUACAGGACGAAAGGCUGAAACUAAAAAACCUUAUAUUGCCUGUGUUGGAAAGCCAUUUAUGAGUUGUGAAAAAGCAAAGGCUUUUUGUUAUGGAGUACCACCUGCUGCAGGAUUUCCAACGCUCCAUUAAAAUUUGAUGAAGAAGAUUACAAUUCGAGAGGCUGGGAGUGUGAAACAAAUGAAAAAAAAACUUUAUAUUAUUUGAUACACUACUAUUGAACUACUUCAGGAAUUGUUAUCAACAUGAGUGACAUUUUUCCUGUUAAUUACAAGUUUUGAUUUUUUUGGUAAUGCAUUAUUUUUUCAAAAAUUAAUUCACGUACUUCUAGUCAUGUUUUUUACUUGAAUGUACAAAAUUGUUUUU